UUCCUUCAGAAAACCUUUGAGGCGAACUUUUUGUCAUCGUCAUUAUUUAUCGCUUGUGCUCCUGAACGAUCCAUUACCCAUCCAAAUUAUACAGUAAACGAAUAAAGUUUUAUUGUAAACCAGGAUUAUCUAAAAUUUGGUUACUUCUUGCUUUACCAUAACAAAUACAGAACAGUGGUGCGUCAAACGCACACGUGACCGUUCCAUUUCGAUGGAGGCUUUGAAACAGCGUAUCGACAUACUAAUGUUUCGGAUCAUCGGAUGUUUCGACACAGUUUCGAAACGAUCUUUCGAGCUUUGUAUCACUACUUUGUAGUAUAGAUGGUGGGUCUGUGAGUGGGCUCUUCGUGGAAUUUGCUCCUUUUAAUUUAUACUAGAAGUGCGAACAUUUUGAUGAGAAAGCAAACUGGACACGAUAUUUUAAUAAACAAGGCUGUUGGCAAGAGGCUAGUUGCUAAUACUGCUAGUUAUUAUUUGGAGGCCGAGGCAGCGGAUCACGAGGGGACCAGAGGACCGCGCUCGAGGGCUGAUCUCCGGAGUCUCACCGAUGUUCCGUUAGCCUAGUUGGCUAACCUAGCUAACCUACAGUUUCAAAGGAAUAUACCCAGUUAACGUAACUGAUUUGCGACACCGCUCCAGAACAUCUGUCGGAGACCAUGUCACAUACGGGACCACCUCCUCGAUGGCUAAAUUGCCCUAGAAGAGGCCAACCUGUAGCUGGUAAAUUUUUACCGAUGAAAACCAUGCUGGGGCCCAGAUAUGACGGCACAGUUCCAGAGGAGAAUCGGUUCCAUCCAAGUAUGCUGUCCAAUUACCUAAAAAGUCUGAAGGUGAAAAUGGGCUUGCUGGUUGAUCUAACCAACACCACCCGCUUUUAUGAUCGAGCAGAGAUUGAAAAAGAAGGCAUCAAAUACGUGAAACUUCAGUGUAAAGGUCAUGGGGAAUGUCCCACCACAGAAGCUACAGAGAUGUUCAUCAGAUUAUGUGAAAACUUCAUGCAAAAAAAUCCCACUGAACUCAUAGGUGUCCACUGUACCCACGGCUUCAACCGGACAGGCUUUUUGAUCUGUGCCUUCCUGGUGGAGAGAAUGGACUGGAGCGUGGAGGCAGCAGUGUCGGCAUUCGCCCAGGCCCGCUCACCUGGCAUCUACAAGGGAGACUACCUGAAGGAGCUCUUCCGUCGCUAUGGUGACGUCGACGACACCCCUCCUGCCCCUCAGCUCCCUGACUGGUGCUUUGAAGAUAAUGGUGAAGGCGACGGGGAUGACGACGGUACUGUGAUUGGCCAAGAGUCUGGCCCCAGCUCUUCGGGUUCCAAUCCGGGCAAGAAGAAGAAAGAGAAACUGAAAUUGGGAGCCGUCUUCUUGGAGGGUGUGUCAGUGAAAGGGGUGACACAGCUGACCACGCAACCCAAACUGGGGCAGGUGCAGCGGAAGUGUCAGGAGUUCUGCGAGUGGGAAAAGUCUGGGUUCCCUGGUGCUCAGCCGGUGUCUAUGGACAGGCGGAACAUUCGGCUGUUGGAACAGAAUGGGUACAAGGUCAGCUGGAAGGCAGAUGGAACACGGUAUAUGAUGCUGAUCGAUGGCAAAAAUGAGGUGCACAUGAUCGACAGGGACAACUCUGUGUUUCACAUUUCUAACUUGGAGUUCCCCUGUCGCAAGAACAUGAAUGCCCACCUUUCUAACACACUUCUGGAUGGGGAGAUGAUUAUUGACAAAGUGAAUGGACACCCGAUCCCACGCUACCUCAUCUACGACAUCAUCAAAAUUAGUGGCCAGCCAGUUGGUCAGUGCGACUUCAGCAGACGGCUCCUGUGCAUAGAGAAGGAAAUAAUCUUCCCUCGUUCUGAGAAAAUAAAAAUGGGACAGAUCGACAAGACCAAGGAGCCAUUCAGCGUGAGGAACAAGCCAUUCUUCGACCUUAAUGCAGCACGGAAGCUCUUGGAAGGCAGUUUCACCUCUCAGGUCAGUCAUGAAGUUGAUGGCCUGAUCUUUCAGCCCAUCGGGGAAUUGUCAGCCACAUUAGUCCCCUGUCAACAACUUCCAGCCUCCAGACAAACAGCAGCAAGGACGAGUGGGCUCAAAGGCGCCUCUGUACAGCUGGGUGUCCAGAGCUGAAGCCGCUCUUGUGCAGAGUGCAUGUUCUGUCCGUGUCUGGACUUGGCACAUGCAUCUGCUCUAUAUUGACAUCCCGUUGACGGACACACAGCUGAUCCCGCUCAAGAGGUGGUUGCUACAACUUCAAAAUGGACUCUGUGCCUUCACAGAGCUUCACAUCUCCAGGACUAUCAUGAAAUGAAUUCACGCAGGGAGAUUACGUGAGAGUGGGAGUGACAUUUAGGGGUGUUCAUGUUUCUGCCAGGGGCUUCUUUGUGCUGCCAUGGAGUGAGGCGAUUAGAAUAAGCAGUUUCCUCUGAUAGACUGGAGCUUACUCGCAGAGCCUGGGCACUGGGCCUUUGACUUCCUCAACAUGAUCAUCGUCAUUUGUAAACAACUUACAGUAGCUCUGGUGUCCCUUGGUUGUAAUCUGCUUGGUCCUCAGGUACAAAGCCAGUGCAGGUGAAGGAGGGCAUGGGUGAAGACCUGGUUUGCUACAUUCAUAUACAGGUUCAUGCACAGACUUCAGCAGAAUGCUAAGGUCAGCCGAAGCAAUUCAGGAUGUGCAGUUAUUUGAUUGUUCAUUCUCAAACCAUUGCUUUAUGUUUACGGAAGACUUUAGGAACUCAAGAAGAGGUGAAUUUUCAAGUUUCCUAAACACUUGAAAAUGCACUUAUUUAAAAAAAAAAAAUAGCCAGAGCUUCAGCCUGAUAUCUUGGUACUAACCUAUCUAUGCUCACAUGAGGAUAUCUUUUUGAUAUGGUCUAUAGAGCACUUCUGUAAGUAGCUCUGGAUAAGAGCAUCUGCCAAAUUAUGUAAAUGAAAACUAUGACAUUUUUUCAUAUGUCUAUGAGCAGAACCAGGGGCUUUGAUGCAUUCUUUAUGCAGGACUGGAUUUCAGGAGUUCAGAAAAUUCAAAGGUGCUUGUUGCCAAACCAAAGUCUCUGCUCUCACUUUCUCUCAUCUAGCACUUCUGGUUAUGAGAGAAGCUACAAUCCCUCAGGAUCUUAAAGCAUUAAAUUUAUACCUGAUUGUACCGACUCUUCUCCAAAAAGUGUGGGUUUUAAGGCAAACAACAGCAAUGGUACUUUGAAUGUGCUUUCAAUAAUCAAGUAUUAAUGCUAAGGGUAAAGUUCAGGUUAGAGUGACUUUUGUAUCCCAAAAGUAUCUUCCUUGUUGACACAUGAUUGGUUUUGAUCUCCUGCUGGUUGGUGAUUUCCACUCCUGAUGGUAGUGUAUAAGUGAUGGAGAUGUUGAGAUCUAUCACAUAUCGUGUUAAUCUGCAUAUCUCUGAAAUCUGAUAAUAAAAUCUUCUCUGGGCACAGCA